CUUAAAGGCUGCCACAGAGCUUGUGUUGUGUUAAGUGAAAAUUGUGAAGUUUUAUAAAGCUAAUGCAACCAGUCUUCUGAUUUUUAUUAAGUAGCAAAUAUUAUAAACACAAUGAAUGCAGGCGAUGAAUCACAACCAGGGCCAUCUGGCUUACAAAAUCAACCCCAAUUACAAAUAUUGACAUCACAAAGGGGUAAGCGAUUGCUUCUUCGCGCGGGGCAUAAAUACAACGAAAAAAGAAAUAAUAAAGAUGGUACUACCACUUGGUACUGUAUAAAAAGGACCACGUGCAAGGCGGCACUAGUUACUUCUACUGACAACUCAAUUAAAAGAGAGGAUAUACACAAUUGUGAGCCUGAUUUCGCAUCCAACGAAUUAGAAAUACAACUUGGAAAGUGUAUUGAUAAAAUUACAUCGGACUAUACUAUUCCAGUGCCGAGUGCUUAUAGAGAAACUGUAUCAAAACUUAAAGACAGUGGAAUUAAUUUGAUUAAAAAAAUACCUGACUUUGUGAAUGUUAAAAAUAAGCUUUAUAAAAAGAGAAAUAAAUCAUUGGACGUCCCAAAAGUCUGUUUUAAAUCCCCAAGUGAAAUUAUUGUUUCUGAAAAAUUUAAAAAUUUUGUAUUAGCUGAUUAUAAUUAUAAAUCAAACAGAAUUCUAGUUUUUGCUAAUGAAAAUUGUAGAACAAUAUUAUCUCGCUCAAAUUUGACUAUUUUAUGUGAUGGAACCUUCAAAUGUUGUUUAAGGCCUUUUCAACAAUUGUACACCGUGCAUGUUGAUUUAGGAAGCAAUGAGAUGUAUAACAAUAUUAUGCCAGUGGUAUAUGCCUUGCUGCCAAGUAAAACAAAAAAUAUCUAUAACACUUUGUUUAACCUUAUCAAAAGCCAAAUCCCUCAAUUUAAUCCAAAAUUAUUUGUACUAGACUUUGAGCAAGCAGCAUUGUCCGCAAUUACAGAAACAUUCCCUGAAACACAAAUAAGUGGUUGUCAUUUUCAUUUUUCGAAAAGUUUGUGGCAAAGAGCUGACAAUUUAGGCCUAACCAAAUUUAAAUUAGCCAGAAAACAUAUAAAACGUUGCUCUGUUUUGGCGCAUCUACCUAAAGAAGAUGUAGAAAGUGGUUGGUUGUAUAUAAUGUCACAAUGUCCAAGAACUCCAAAUAUAGUCUCAUUCAAUGAUUAUUUUGUAGAAACGUGGUUAAGUGAAGAAUCAUUUUUUUUUAAUAAAUGGAACUGCUACAAUACACAACAUCGUACAACCAAUAUGAUUGAAAGUUGGCAUUCUACUAUUAACAAAAAAAUACCAGCCAAACCCAAAAGUAUAGCACAAUUUUUAACAAUAUUACAAAAAGAAGAUGAUUAUUUUAAUGUAUUAUACCAAAAAGGGUCUAACAUAACCAAAAAACUUAAAGAAACACAAGAAAUUGAUGAAAAUAUAUAUACUACCAUUAAUGAAUAUAAACAAGGGAAAAUAAAUAUAGAUCUCUGUAUCGAACGACUUGUUUUAUAA